AUGCCUGUAGCAGCAAUCGGCCAAAUGCGCUCAACAGCGUCCAUGAGCCACAACCUCAACCAAUGCCAGACUUUGGUCCAGAAAGCCUCCAAGGCUGGCGCAGUGGCACUAUUCCUCCCCGAGGCAUGUGACUACAUCGGCUCCAAAGACCUUUGCAAGUCAGUUGAGACAUCCGAAUUCGUCAUUGGUCUCCGCGAAGAAGCCAGACAGCACAACAUUGCAGUCAAUGUCGGAAUCCACGAGCCCGCCAACCGAGGAAAAGUAAAAAACACCCUCAUCUGGAUCAACGAGCAAGGAGAAAUCGCCCACCGCUACCAGAAGCUGCACUUGUUCGAUGUAGACAUUGAAAAUGGCCCCAGUCUCAAGGAGAGCGACAACGUGGAGCGUGGUAAAGAAUUACUGCCGCCGUUUGACACCGCCCUUGGAAAAGUGGGCAGUCUGAUUUGCUUCGAUAUGAGGUUUCCAGAGCCUGCGCUUGCCCUGCGCGCGAGGGGUGCCCAGAUCCUCACCUACCCGUCUGCAUUCACCACACCGACUGGAAAAGCCGGACAUUGGGAGAUUUUGCUGCGUGCAAGAGCAAUUGAAACGCAGAGUUAUGUCAUCGCAGCAGGACAGGUUGGUAUGCAUGACGACGAGGGCAAGAGGCGGAGUUAUGGCAGCAGCAUGAUUAUUGAUCCGUGGGGGAAGAUAGUUGCCCAGCUUGGUAAAGAUGAGGGCGAAAAUGGAAAGUGGGAGGAUGAGGUGAGCAUUGCAACAGCCGAGAUCGAUCUGGAUUACGUAGAUAAAAUCAGAAGGGAGGUGCCGUUGAUGAGGAGGACAGACGUUUAUCCCGAGAUUAAGUAG